AGUCAAAAAACGUCUGCUUGAACCAAAAUAAAAUAAAAUAAAAUAAAAAUCCAUAUAUUUUACAAAUUAGGGUUUUGUGCAGAUGUGCUGUAGAACUGGAAGGGAGAAGGAGAAAUAAUGCAUAAAAUUCAUGUAUUCAAUCAACCCUUCCUCUCUUAACUUGAGGGAUUUUUUUUACCAGCCUAAGAUGAAGAAGAUGAUGCUAAGCUCAAAUAGCAUUACGUCUAUUCCCCUUUCAACUUCAAGCCCUAGAUUUCGGGCUUCGAAAUUCACCCCUGUAUCAGUUUUUCCUGUCACUCGUACGAUUCGGGUCCCCGAAACUCAUCGCAGGUUCUCAGCUAAGAGGAGGAAAAUCUUGUGCUUUAGGCAUGAAGAAUUUUCAUCAGGCACCCCAGAUCCUGAGUCUGUUGAGGAGGUUCUUCAUGAGGAGUUGAAGGUGGAAGUUGAUAAACCUAAUGUUGACAAAAGAAAUUGGGUUUCAAAUCUCGGAGAGAUUGUAGGUGCAAUGUUUAGAGUGAUUGGGAAACCAUGGGCUGUGCCAUGGACUGCAGAGACCAUCCUACAGGUUACACUCCUUUGGACCGUAUCAUUCUGGUUUGUGGGAUCUUGGAUGAUUCCAUUUGGAGCUCACAUCAUUGGCUUCAGCAAGGUAUCACUAACUUACAGAGGGCAGGCACUGUUUAGCCUUCUGACAGAUGUAACUGAAGGGCUUGCUGGAAUUUUAAUUCUUCAUCGGUGUUUGUCUCGGUUCCGUCCCCUGCCAUCUAAUUGGUUUAGAUUUAGCCUUAAAGGAAACUGGCUUUUCGACGUUGUUCUUGGAUGCUUGAUGUUUCCAUUGGUCAAUUGUCUUUCUCAAUUCAACCUAAAUCUUCUUCCAGUUUUGCCUUCGACUCCUGUCACACUCUCUAGUGUAGAGCAAUCAAUAGUGGCUCGAGAUCCGAUUGCAAUGGCACUUUAUGCACUGGUACUUGUUGUUUGUGCUCCUUUGUGGGAGGAAAUUGUCUUCCGAGGCUUCCUUCUUCCAUCUUUGACUAAAUACAUGCCCGUGUGGGGCUCUAUAUUGAUGAGUUCAAUCGGCUUUGCUUUGGCACACUUUAAUGUACAGAGGAUGUUACCACUUAUUUUUCUUGGGGUUGUGAUGGGUGUAACUUAUGCAAGAUCAAGGAAUCUACUGCCAUCCAUUCUCUUGCAUAGCCUGUGGAAUGGCUUUGUAUUCUUAGAUUUGAUGAAAUAAAAUCUCAAUUCUUAUUUCUCAUACAAAUCGUAACCAUGUUGCCCCCAUUUAUGAAACUCUAAUCUCUGAAUAGCCUAAUCCAGAAGAGUUGUUCAACAAUAUCCUCAGAGACAUGGUUCUUCUACUAUGGUUGUGAAGUCAUUUGGUCCGAGUACUUUGGUUGAAUGCUUCAAACUGAAGUAACUCAGCCCCGUAAAAGCCAAAAACAAUCCUCAACGGUGACCCCUUGGUUCGGCCGAAGGGAUGAUAAACAAGAUAAAUUUUUAAACGGACUGCAUUGUGGCUGGAGGGGAAAUUCAUACCAAAAGUUGUGCUAUUUUGUAUGUUAUAAUGGAAAAAACAAUAAUCAUUUUUUGUUUUUGUUUUUUAAUGCUAGUUUGUAAAUUGGUUAAAGUCUUAAAUGAUUUGUACUUUGACUUGUUUUCA